AUGUCGGAGCAAGAUCGAAAAGGGACGGCAUGCCGCUGUGGGAUAGUCGCCGGCUCGAGAACAAAACGAUCGGCCCAGCCGCAAAGAUUCGAUGCAUCUGACCAUGGAAUCGACUGGUCGUCCACCAUCGUGGAGGAGCGUGACAAGGGCGUCACUUACAAGAACGCGCAAGGCGUCGCGAAGCCCCUGGAGGAGAUCCUCGUGGCCGCCGGCGUGAACAUGGUCCGCCAGCGCGUCUGGACCGUCGAAGGCGACUACGGCAUCUCGUACAACCUCGAGCUCGCGAAGAGGGCAAACGCCUCCGGGCUCAUGUUCGGCCUCAACCUGCACUACAGCGACGGCUUCACGAACCCGGGUCUGCAAGACAUCCCGACCGGCUGGCCCACGGCCACUGACGCCCUCGAGGCCCAGGUCACCAACUACACCGCCGAAGUGUGCGCGGCGUUCGCCGCCGCCGGCCUCUACCCCGAGAUGAUCACCAUCGGCAACGAGAUUGACAGAGGCAUCCUCUGCUCCACCGGCAAGUACGAUCAGCCCGAGAACCUCGCCCGCCUGCUGCACGCUGGCUCGGCCGCCAUUCGCGCCUCUGCUUUGGGAUCGACCACGAAGAUUGUCACGCACCUUGCCCACGGCUACGACGCCGACCUGCAGGACUGGCCCUCAGACCAGCUUAGCAUUCCGUUGAGCACGGCAGGCCAGACGGAGUACAUCACCAUGGUUGCGGAUACCCUGAAGAAGAUUCCUAAUGCCACCGGUCUCAACUACUGGGAGGCUGCUUGGAUUUCCAACGCCGUCUUGGGUUCCUCUUGCGAGAGUAACGUCAUGUUUGGUGGCACUGGAAAGGCUUACGACAGUCUGGCUGUGUUUGGCACCAUUUGA